AAGCUGCUAUGGCCGGUAAGAUAUCAUAAACGAAGUAAAGAUUACAUACCAACUAACAAUGAAAAAGGCGCUGCUAUCGAAGUGAUGAGUGACUUGGGAAAAUCUACCACAACAGGUCCCUCCUCAGGCGUCAUCAGACGGGCGGACGGCGAUUUCGACGUCGUUCUCGAUCACAACACCUGGCUGCUCGGAUUCACAAUUGGGGUUCCGUUCUUUGCUGGCGCAAUACUAGGUCUCAUCAUUACCGAUCCAAUCACCAGGAUCCUCCGCUUUGGACGGCGAGGUGCUAUAUGUGUUGCGGGCAUAUUCAGCUUUAUAUCAGUCAUAGGCUCCGCUUCAGUUAACAAAUGGGAGCAUCUUCUCGGUUUCAGGAUCUUGCUAGGUGCCGGUAUGGCGGGCAAAGCCUCGAUUGUUCCCAUACUGCUCUCUGAGACCUCGCCCAAAGAUGUGCGAGGCUUUUUACUGGUCUUCUGGCAGCUUUUUGUGGCGUUCGGGCUAGCGGCUGGAUCAGUGACGAACUUGAGCGUGUAUCGCCUCGACGUUCAUUCGAGUUGGCGAUACAUGUUCAUCUCGGCCUUCAUUCCCGCAUUGCUGUUACUAUCAUUGAUCCUCUUCUCACCUGAAUCGCCACGAUGGUUGCUGAAAGAAAGCGGCGCUGUCAAAGACCUUCCCAAAAGUGACCCUCGUAGGGGGAUUCUUAUUCGGAAGGCCUACAAGUCACUUGUCGAUCUUCGGGGCGAAUCUGUUCCAAUAUUUGCCGCCGGCGAACUAUUCCUGAUGCACACACGUCUGAUCGACGAGCAACGCCGACUGAACGCAGCGUUAAGGGGCCAUCCUUCUACGAUCAAUGCGAGCAACAGUACUACAGAGUCAAAAAGCCCAUUCGCUGAUGUCAUUAAACACAUCGGUUGGCGGCAACGCGUCACAUUAAUAUUCUUUCGUUCUGGGUACACGAAAAGAGCGCAUCGAGCUGCAGCAGCUGUCAUGGUCUCACAACAACUGUGCGGCAUCAACCUGAUAGCUUUCAUGGCUGAUACCUUUUUCCGAAAUUCCUUCUUCCACAACACCCACCAAACAAGCCCAGGCCAGAAUAUGCAGCUGCUGGGGGCCUCGCUUGGCUUGAUGCUGCUCAGCUUCAUAGCUACGAUUCCUGCCCUAUUCGUCAUCGAUAUCCCCGAUGGGAGGAGACGGGCCCUUAAUUGGUCAUUUCCAAGCAUGGCAUUUUCUUUGCUGGGCUCUGCCUUAGUUUUGAAAAUCCCAGAGAAGGACUCGAACCAGCCCGCCAUUGGAGCUAUCGUUGGGCACUAUAUUUUCCUGGCCUUAUUCAUAAUCGCAUACUCCGUCGGAGAAGGUCCAGCAGCUUUCGUUGUCUCAGCAGAAGUAUUUCCGCUCGUCAAUCGAGAACUUGGCAUGAGCCUUGCUGUGUGUUGGAACUUCACGGGGGCUGGAUUUCUUGCCGUCAUAGCCCCGUGGCUGUUGAAGACGUUCCACCAGUUCGGCGUGCUUUUACUGUUCGCAGGCACCAACCUUCUCGCAUGGUUUUUUUGUUUCUGGCUUGUUCCCAGUACUGGCAAGGAGGACCUGGAGACUGUGUUCGAGCAACUCGACAUCACCUCAUGGUUCAUGUUCAAGUACACCCUCAAGACAGUGUCACACACGACCACAAAACCAGUCGACUACUGUUUGCGAUUGGGCUCCAGGCCUUGGGACAAGUGUGGCUACCCAAAGAAGCUCAAGUCACCGAGAGCCGAGUGGCAACAACGACCACAAGGAACGGACACCGCCCGUUCUGAUCCUCCAGGUUCAUCGAGCUCGAGCGAAUAUGACGAAUAUGAAAUGCAGACCGGCUUAGGCGCCGAUCCUCGUGGUUUGAGCAGUACACCUCGCAACUAAAUGACAGGGAUUAUGUUCGUUUUUCGCCAUGUCACGUCACACUCAAUGGGUAAUGUCUAUUGUUUUCGUAACGUCUCUUUGUGUCUCUAUAGGAAACUAGUACUAUACCAUUUCGAUAUCUGAGUUGCUCUUCAGUGGCUUCGUAUCUAUCCCUGGCCUCCUCUCCUCAAUCAUGUAGCCUUCGCGAUACAUUUGCAUUCUCCACUUCCAAUAUGCCAGCGUAAGGGCGGUGAGAGGGACCGAGAUCACAAAGUAAAGCCAGAGUUGAUUCGACAAAACAAGAUCGCGGGACCCAGAGUCGAAAUCAACAAGGUUCAUGCCAAACAUGGUCUGUGCAUGCUCAGCUUUGUUUUCUAACGUUAGAAACAAUUUUACACUUACGGCAACGAAUGAGAAUGGUAGAUAAAACGAUGUGACAAGCGUAAUAGCUCUG